CCCGCAGGAGACGGCAGGCCCGGGACCCAAUGCAUCGCAGCGCACGCACACAGCAAGCAAGCAAUCCUGCACGCGUACGCCUACUCCAACCAUCACCUGAUCACCUUUCCCUCCUCCAGUCCUCCUCCACUCCACUCCACGGCACUCCACUUGAGCAAGCUCCCGGAAAUGCUGCAUCUUCCGUGCCUCCUCCUCUUGCUGUGCUUGCCGCUGUCCUCCGCCUCCUCCGACGCCGAGCUCCUCCUCACCAAGGUCAAGCCCGCGCUGCAGGGGAAGGGCAACAGCAACCCCCCCAACGCCCAGCUCGCCACCUGGAACGCCUCCACCCCGCUCUGCCUCUGGCGCGGCCUCCGCUGGUCCACCCCCGACGCCCGGUCGCUCCGCUGCGACACCCCAGCGGCGCGCGCCAACCUCUCCCUCGCCGCCGACCCCGCCCUCCUCCUCCUCUCCGUACGCCUCCCCGCCGCCGCGCUCGCCGGCACCCUCCCGCCGGAGCUCGGCGCCUUCUCCGCGCUCGACUCCCUCUACCUCGCCGCCAACCACCUCUCGGGCCCCGUCCCGCUCGACCUCGGCAACGCGCCCGCGCUCUCCGUUCUCGACCUCUCCGACAACCGCCUCUCCGGCGCCCUCCCCACCUCCCUAUGGAACCUCUGCGACCGCGCCACCGACCUCCGCCUCCACGGCAACGCGCUCACGGGGGCCGUCCCCGCGCCCGCCGGCCCCAGCACCACCUGCGACCGCCUCCGCGUCCUUGACCUCGGCGACAACCGCUUCUCCGGUGGCUUCCCCUCCUUCCUCACCGCAUUCCGAGGCCUCCAGCGCCUCGACCUCGGCGGCAACCGCCUCCAGGGCCCCGUCCCGGACGCCCUUGCCGACAUGCCGCUCCUGAGGGCGCUCAACCUCUCCUACAACAACUUCUCCGGCCAGCUGCCCCCGGCCUUCUCCCGCUUCGCCGCGGAACCAUCUUCCUUCUCCUUCCUGGGCAACGACCCUUCGCUGUGCGGCCCGCCGAUGCGCCAGUGCGUCUCCUCCUCGGGCCUCAGCUCCCGCGGCGUCGCCGGGAUGGUCAUCGGCAUCAUGGCCGCCGCCGUCGUCCUCGCCUCGGUCUCCAUCGGCUGGGCCCAGGGGAGGUGGACGCGGCGCGACAGCACCCAAGGCCAGCAGGAGGAGGAGGAGGACGGGGAGGGCCGCCUGGUGGUCUUCGAGGGCGGCGACCACCUCACCCUGGAGGAGGUGCUCAACGCCACGGGCCAGGUCGUGGACAAGACCACCUACUGCACCGUCUACAAGGCCAAGCUCGGCACCAGCGGCGGCAGCAUCGAGCUGCGCCUCCUGCGGGAGGGCUGCUGCAAGGACGCCGCCUCCUGCGCGCCCGUCGUGCGCCGCAUCGGCCGCGCGCGCCACCACAACCUCGUGCCGCUCAGGGCCUUCUACCAGGGGAGGCGCGGCGAGAAGCUGCUGGUCUACGACCACUUCCCGCGCGCCCGGACGCUGCACGACCUCCUGCACGGCGGCGGCGCCGGCGCCGGCGAGGCGCUGGCGUGGGCGCGGCGGCACAAGAUAGCGUUAGGCGCGGCGCGCGCGCUGGCGUACCUGCACGCCGGGCAGGGCGAGGCGCACGGUAACGUGCGGUCGUCCAACGUGGUGGUGGACGACCUGUUCGUGGCGCGGCUGGCGGAGCACGCGCUGGACCGCCUUCUGGUGCCGGCGGCGGCGGAGGCGGUGCUGGCGGCGGCCAAGGCGGACGGCUACAAGGCGCCGGAGCUGCAGUCCAUGAGGCGGUGCAGCGCGCGCACGGACGUGUACGCCUUCGGGAUACUGCUGCUGGAGCUGCUCAUGGGGCGGAAGCCGUCGGCGACCUCGGACCUGCCGUCGGCGGUGAAGGUGGCCGUGCUGGAGGAGGCGGCGCUGGAGGAGGUGCUGGACGCGGAGCUGCUCAAGGGCCCCGCGGAGGAGGGGCUGGUGAAGGCGCUGAAGCUGGCCAUGGGGUGCUGCGCGCCGGUGCCGGCGGCGAGGCCGACCAUGGCGGAGGUGGUGCGGCAGCUGGAGGAGACCCGGCCCAGGAGCAUGCAGACGCGGUCGGCGAUGUACAGCCCGACGGAGAGCAGGAGCGACGCCGGCACGCCGACUACCGCCUAAGCAAGCAAGCUUCACAUCAGCUGGUCCUUGUCCUUGGAAUGCAUGGAUCGUCGUCCUUCGAUCUGCUUGCUGUGUCGCUGCAGUGCAAUGAAUCAUCAUAUCAUAAUCCAACUACUACUACUACUUCUUGUUAGUACGUAGUAUUAGGUAGCAAAUGCUAGGUCAGUCGGUCUGAUGUCUGUAUGUACAAUUUGGAUUACACGCCUAAAGUUAGGCUUGCCACGGAUGUUCAGGCUAGUGCUUGGUUCGUCCUUCAA